AUGCUCUUCAUUUUCAUUGCUUUACUCGCAUACAUAGCCGAACUGAUAAUCCUUCAUAUGCUGGAAGGCUCAGAGCAACCAUUCGACACAAUUAUCGAUAUUUGCACAAAAGUAUGCGAAGAUAAGCCCAAAACGUCGUAUGCUAGUCUGUGGUUUGCCAGUCUGACUGUCUAUGCCAUUCUCUACUUAUCUGCCAAGAUAGCCGUGUUGACACGUCUUUAUCACCUGACGAAAUCUUCAUCAGACUAUUGCAGCCCAUGGCGCAUUCUAAUAGUCUCUAUUAUCGCGAUAUCGGCCUUUGCUGCAAUUCUAGCAUAUCUGAUUCAUACGAGCGGCCUCAUAAAGCCCUCGCCAUAUUACAGCACCCGACCCGAUUACACGCGGGACAUAUACAUCACGGCCGGGAACGCUUUCACAUAUCUCAUAGUCACAAUACCACUAUGUGAGCUCCUUCCAAAGGCAAACGUGUGGGGAAUGGUCUCGAUGAGUGUUUUUACAAGUGGCGUCAUAGCUGUCGCAGUGAUUGCAAUCCUACGCUGUUCUCAUGCCUACUGGACCCAAGGAAUCAUGAACGUCGCAGGCCGGGACUUGCUGAUCGGGGAGAUAUUCACUGCCAUCACUUCGUCAAGCAUAUUUCUUGUGAUGGGAGUGGAUACAGAUGGUAAAGACGAGGUAGAGGCAGAGGCAGAGGCAGAGGCAGAGGCAGAGGCAGAGGCAGAGGCAGAGGCAGAGGCAGAGGCAGAGGCAGAAAACUUACCAAGCACAUGUGUUCUCAUGGGAGUAGAUACCACAGCCUAA